AUGUUCAAGAAAGACAUCCCACCAAGCAACCGCUCAAAAGUCAAGUCCUCUGUGCAGCGCGGUCUCCGCCAAAAGCUCAUUGAGUCUCACCCACUAUGCGAACCAUAUAUUGAAGAGAUCCUGCCAAAGAAGGCGCAGCUCGAUGCCGUGAAACUACCCGACAGAGUAACCCUCUACACAAUCGACUCGAAUCCCCUCUUCUACCAACCCCUCGACGGGCCCCCAAUCCCGCACCUGAAGCUUCUGCACAAGUUCCCGAACAUUCUGCCUACGAUCCAGAUCGACCGCGGUGCGAUUCGCUUUGUGCUCUCUGGCGCGACGCUCAUGGCGCCGGGUCUGACGAGCCCUGGGGGCCGGUUACCGGAUGCGGAGAAUGCGCUGGAGAAGGGGACUGUUGUUGGCGUGAAAGCCGAAGGGAAGGAGGAGGUCUGUAUGGUUGGGACUUUGAAAGCAAGCACAGAGGAGGUAAAAAGUAAGGGGAAGGGGGUUGUUAUCGAUGAUGGGCAUUAUUUGGGGGAUGGGUUGUGGAACAUGCAGUUAGACUAG